AAUUAAGGGAAAAUGUCAAUUUUAGCAAUACUUUUUGUUGUUGGGUUGUUGCAUGGGGAAAGGGGUUUCUCUUUAAAUGUGACGAACCAUGAGAAUGAUAUUGGACACCUGAAGCAACUUAUCCAACAGCUUAAUGUUAGUCUUCAACACACUGUGAAUAAUGAAAUUGAUCAGCUGAAAAGGGAAACCAGUCUACUGAAAACAAAAAUCAAUGCACAAAGUCAAAAUCCCAUAGCUUUCACCGCAAGACUAUCGCACGAUGUUGAACUGCUGGGCGAACAGACAAUUGUGUUUGAUAAAAUAAUUCUGAAUCUUGGAAACGCUUACCAUGAAAGUUAUGGACACUUCACGGCUCCAGUGCAAGGUGUUUACCAGUUUGCUGUAUCGCUGUUAAACGACGGGAAAGAAUCUUAUUUUUCGUUGAUGAGAAACGGAAACCAGGUGUUGUCAAUGCUUUAUAUAAGAAGUGGUACCUUCUAUUCCUCAUCGUCCAUUGUUGUCGCACAGCUAGAAGCCAACGAUGUUGUCUUUGUCAAAGGUACCAGAACAGCAAACUUAGACGAGUCAUAUUAUUGUAUUUUUAGUGGAUUUCUUAUUCAGUAAUUGUAAUAAAAAUCCAAGAAGGCUUAAUUCAAACAUUGCAUGUUAGAAUAUAACUGAUUUAAGUGAAGUUAUUUUAUAAUUAAGAGAAAUGUUUUCUUGUUGAAGUUAAUAUACUUCUGUG